AUGCAAUAAAAAAGUGGUUUCCACUCUGGCGUCAUACCAGGAAAGUUACUGCUGAUUUAAAAGCCCCUUCCUGAGUCAGCAUCAAAGAUUGUAGUGUUUUAAGUGUUUAAUUAAGUGUACAGCUCAUUUGUUCCCGGGUUAUCUGUUUCAUCACCGGCUCUGUGCUGGGAAUAGUUCUCAGCAUGUCUCUUUUCUUCUUCGUCGACUGUGAUGUAAAGUGCCUUGUAACUCUCACUUGGUGGAAUGUUACCUCACCCUCUUCCUCCUCCUCUUCCAUCUUUUUUGCCGUCUGUCUGCGCUUAUUCAUUCGUUUAAACGGUCUCGCUGGAGCCAGAAAAUGUGAGCGAGUUGAGGUUUUCUGUCUCUCUCUCUCCCCCCUCCCCUCUCUGUGUCUCUGUCUCUAUCCGUCUCUCUGCGUGACUCAUGUGGGUGUUGGGCUGAAAUAGUUUGGUGUAGUUUUACAUUCCUUAUAUAGCCCGUGGAGAGGGGACAAGACGUAAAGCCUCACCCCCGCCACAAGGCCGAAGAGUCGGAGGGUCGCACUCGUUUCCAGAACCAGCGUUCCUCGUACUUUUCCUGGCUUUCCAGCGGCUAAUUUGGCCCUUUCUGUGAGGUACGUUCGCACUGUUCGAGUCAUUGAAGUCAGACUUGGUGGUGGAGCGGAUCGGCUGCAGGGGCGAAGGGUCUCGUAAUUCAUUCUGCCAGAGAGCCAUGAACGUUUACAGCGUGACGCUCAGCGGGCCGGCGCCGUGGGGCUUCCGACUCCAGGGAGGGAAGGAUUUCAGCAUGCCUCUCACAGUGUCCAGGCUGACUCCCGGGGGAAAGGCAGCUCACGCCGGAGUCGGAGUGGGAGACAGUGUGGUGUCCAUCGAAGACUCCAACGCUGAGGAGAUGACACACGUUGAGGCACAAAACAAGAUCCGAGGCGCAUCUGACUCCCUCACUCUGACACUCAGCAGAGCUUUCCAGUCUGGAGGUGAACAGAAGGGAUCGCUUGCUGCUGCACCCACUCAGCCUAAGUACUCCUUCACGCCCAGCACUACCAUAAACAAGAUGGCGCGGCCUUUCUCCGCCUCCUCUAAUAACUCCAGCUCUGGGCCCAUCAUCAAACCAGUGGCAUACGCUUCCAAGCUUAACACCAACGCACCUAACGCCAGCAUGUCGGUGUCGGGCAGCACGCCCCCCUCUCAGAACGGCCAUGGAGUGACUCCGUGCCCCAGCAAACCUGCAGCGAAGCCCGAAGGAGCUCGAGCUCCACCUCUUCAAUCUUCCACCACGUCUGGACCUUCAAGCCGGCCACCUUGGGUGACAGACCCGAACUUUGCCGAGCGCUAUCGGCCAGAUAAGACGAGCACGGUGGUGACGCAACACAGGCAGCCGGCACAGCCCACACCCGAGCAAAACCGCAGCUCCAUCCUCCAGGCCGCGCAGCAGAACCCAGAGUCCGACUCCGGCUCCGGACGCACGCCACUCUGCGCCGCAUGCAACAAGAUCAUCAGAGGUCGCUACGUGGUGGCUCUGGGCCGCUCCUGGCACCCUGAGGAGUUCACGUGCUGUCAAUGCCGAGAAGUGCUCGACGAAGGCGGCUUCUUUGAGGAGAAAGGCUCCGUUUAUUGCACCAAAUGCUACGACAACCGUUACGCCCCAAACUGCGCCAAGUGCAAGAAGAAGAUUGCCGGAGAGAUCAUGCACGCCCUGAAGAUGACCUAUCACGUCCAGUGCUUCAUGUGCGCCGCCUGCAAGAGGCCCAUCAGGAACCAGGCCUUCUACAUGGAAGAUGGCGAGCCUUACUGCGAGAGAGACUAUGAAAAGAUGUUUGGUACUAAAUGUCAUGGCUGUGACUUCAAGAUCGAUGCCGGCGACCGCUUCCUGGAAGCUCUAGGCUACAGCUGGCACGACACGUGCUUCGUCUGUGCGCUUUGCCACGUCAACCUGGAGGGCAAGACGUUCUACUCAAAGAAGGAUAAGCCUUUGUGUAAAGGUCACGCCUUCUCUCCACUUUGAGGAGCUGAGAUCCAGCGCUCCAGUGGAAUUGAGGCAGGACAGACCAACACGUGACAGACUCCUAUGGCAAGGGUUAUGACGGCUAGAAAUUUUGGACCGCAGUUUUGGAAUACUGUCUUCUUACCGUUUAGUUUAAAAAAUAAAAAAAUAAAACCUGGUAUAAUAAGACUGCCGAGAGAAAACCACACGGUGCUUUUCAAUGGUCUUGAUCUUGUUGUUCUUAAAUAAAUAAAUAGUAUGAUCUGAUGAUGUGCCUGGGUUUUCUCCCGACAGAGAUGAUUAGGCCUGUUGUGAUCAUUGUAGCCAGGAAAUCUCAGCCAUUUUCACCUCAGGAGGUAAAGAACUCAUCAUCCCUGCCAGCACAGGUUAGCGUUUCAUCCCUGUCAGUAUUCGUUUAAGAAACAGGCCACUUUUUCCAUUAAUCUUGAGAUUGCAGGAUCCGUAUUGAUAUUGAAUACCGAAUAGGUACUGGAUUUCGAAGCAAAUUCCAGCCUUAAUAAUGGUAAAUGAGAAUAGCUAAAUCUAUGUCUCAUGUUGCCAGUAUGUGCUUACUCAUUCAUGUCUACCACAGUUUACUGUUUUUUUUCCUCUCUGAUUAGUUUAACAUAUAUGGGCACUCUUCAGUCAGUCACACAAUAUUUAAAGCACAGGUUAAGUACACAAAUACGUAAUUCAUCAGAGAAUGCGCACUUCCUGAUCGAAUUAGGUCUGGAAUACAUUUAUGGCAUGUAUAGAAACUCUGGCCCAAGGUGUGACAUCAUCCUAACACUACGUCAGUGCAGCUCUGCGUGUCCCCAGACAACCCACAGUCCUCUAUCCCCCGUGUGCCGUGGUACUUAAAGUAAUGGCAAGGAAGAAAAAUGAGCCCCUGGCAGCCGAACAGCACUGCAUUAGCACUGAUUGCGAGAGCUUCAUAUUGACCCGAGCGACAAUCUUUACGUGCCUCCCAUACCGAGCGUGCCACGACUUUUUCUUCUAAUCCGACAGGUACCUCUAAUUAACAAAAGGCUUAGGGCCUGCAUGAGCCGAGCUCGUUUGCUGAGCAUGAAUUUACAUUUUUUUUAACCAAAAGCAAGACUCCUGCUGAUCAAAGAAACUUGAUACGAUCGACACGAUAUUGCCUCCUUCAAAGAGCGUGCGGUGCUACCAUGAUCACUUCAGAAUCUCUUGGUGAAGCCAGAUGACUGUUUUUAAUGGGCAGACUGGUCAUUAGUGUCGUCGUCGUGGUGCUCCGUCUCAGUCCUACAGGCCUCCCCUUGGCUCUGGCACCUGAAUCGACUAAUUACAAGGUCAUUAAGGGAAACCUGCAGCAUUUUUCCAACUUCGUCUCCAUCGACCGAGUCUGUAGCGCACGCGCGAUGAUCACAGACAAGAGUUUCAACAGUGUGCGUUACCCUGUGCGGACAAAACCGUUACAUCGUUAAAGAUCUUCCGAUAAGACAGACAUGAAGGAGGAGGAGGAGCAUCAGCCAGUAUCUGCUUACGAACCAAAUGAAUCUUUACAGAAAGAUGGUGAGAAGAAGAUGAGAAAGUCAAUACGAAACCAUUAAAGAUGAGAUGUCAAAUAUAUAUUUUAGACAGAAAAAUAUUUGGCAGAUGUCUGAUAUUUUGUGUUUGGGCUGUUUGCCUCAUCUGAUUGGUUGUCCAAGACCACUACGCAUAUAUACCAAAAAAAAAUACAUCUUUAAAUUGUGUGUAUUGACACAGUUUAUUAAAUGGAGGUCCAUUUUGAUUUGGGUUAAAAAAAUAAAUAAAUUUAGUGUAGGGGGAAAAAUCAAAAAUAUUGUCUGAUGCCCAAUACCAGUGCCAUCUGUGGCCUGGAGCCAAGGGAAGAAUAUUUUAGGAUGGACUUACUGUCAAUCACCGUGACAUUCCACAAGCCACUUGUUAGUAUCAGUAAUCUCAUGUAUGCCUAAGAGGACGGAUAGCGCUUCACUCAGUGCGUUACGCCGUCUUAUGACGCAGCAUGACCAGCAAAGAUGAGGUUGGCUGGUUUCACAGGCUCCCAGAACGCACGUGUUGGCCUUCACCCUCCCCAGGUGGUAGCUGUGGUCUGAUUGGGAGAGCUGGCUGGUGGCCAAAUUGUGCGAAAAUGUGAGAACCUGCCUUCUGACAUAACUAGAGUAAAGCAUCCUCGGCUUUUUAAUAUUGAACACUGCCGCUUCCUGGGUAUCCCCCUUCUUAUAUAUUCUUUUAUUAGACAAUAACGUCAUCUUGGAAAGCACUCCCGUCCUUUAAACCUGUCUUGGUUACGUUGUGGGUCUGUUAAUCUUCAGCGGAUUAUUGAGUGCCUCUCUUAUUCGAACACACCACCUCAAUGAGCUGUUUUGGCUCAUUACAAGCUCUUCAUGAGUCGGAGGAUGUUUAAUUGUAGAAUGGGUUUAGCGCAGUGAUUUUAGAAGCCAAGCUUUUUGCCCCAAACAUGAUAGACUAUUUUAUCCAAAAUCAGUCACUGUUCCGAUACCUGCAUUGAGUGAGAGUGCGUUGUUGUUGUUGUUGUUGUUGUUGUUGU